UUUUGGAUUUUAUUAUCUUCAUACCUCAACGUCACCCGCAAGCUUCGAUCUUUCCUGCAACCUUGGGUGGCUCACCAUGUCAUCGCUGGGACUCCUCUCAUCUUCCAGAUCCAGAAAUACCAGCAUUGGUUUUUUGAUGCUUUGUUCUCUGGGUUGUCCUGUGUUGUUUCUGUGCCCUUUUACACUGCCUUUCUCCCUUUGCUAUUCUGGAGUGGCCAUGGCAGAUUGGCUAGGCAAAUGACCCUUUUGAUGGCCUUUUGUGAUUAUUUAGGAAACACUAUAAAGGAUAUGGUAUCAGCUCCCAGACCCAGUUCACCACCUGUUAGGAGAAUAACUGCUACAAAAGAUGAGGAAGAUAAUGCAUUGGAAUAUGGAUUGCCCUCUUCUCACACUCUUAACACAGUUUGCUUAUCUGGGUACCUUUUGCACUAUGUCUUGUCUUAUAUUCAAUAUGAAGAUGUCUCCAUGAAAUUUGUUGGGCUUGCCCUUGUUUGCUUGUUUGUGAGCCUCAUUGGUUUUGGAAGAAUUUACCUUGGAAUGCACAGUUUGAUUGAUAUCAUAGGUGGUCUUGGCAUUGGAUUGGUGAUCCUUGCAUUUUGGCUUACAAUUCAUGAACAUGUCGACAAUUUUAUUGUUUCAGGACAAAAUGUUACAUCCUUUUGGGCUGCCCUAAGCAUCCUGUUGUUCUUUGCUUAUCCAACUCCUGAGCUUCCAACACCAAGCUUUGAGUACCACACAGCCUUUAAUGGUGUUGCAUUUGGAAUUGUAUCUGGGAUCCAGCAAACAUACCAUCAGUUUCACCAUGAAGCCGUUGCGUGCAUAUUUACCCCACAGCUCACGAUAUCAAACUUUGUGGGAAGAAUGCUGGUUGGAAUUCCAACAAUACUUCUUGUGAAGUUCUGUAGCAAGGCUCUACCGAAAUGGAUUCUACCUGGUGUAUCAAACACGCUGGGCAUCCCAAUUAAAUCAACCAACUACAUUCCAACUCUGAAUGGAAAUGGGAAAAAAUCAGAUGAGAGUAAACUAUCUGGUUAUAUCCAAAGGCUGUUUAUUUCUCAACAUGUUUCAUUUGAUGUUGAUUCGGAUAUAAGGUUUAUUCAAUAUGCAGGCCUUGCAUGGUCGGUGGUAGACCUUGUUCCUUCUCUUUUCUCUCACCUGAGCUUGUAAUUCUUAGUUCUUGUAAAAUAGUACUACGCUAUUAACUUCCAUGUGCUAUGAAUGGUUGUGGGUCUUCCUCGAUUUCGAAUGACACUGAGCUCCCGCCUUUGCUAUCUGUUUCCUCCACUUCUUAUGCUUCAGAUUCAGAUCACAGGGUUCUUAACAAUGGAAGAAAUUACAUACUUGCUGGAACAGGAGUCCAAAAGCGAAGAAGAAUUUGUCUCUGACGGCAAAGCCCAGCGGAGAGCGGAGCUCCAAACCUUGGAGAUGGAGCUCUUCUCUUAUUCAAUCUCUUCUUCAUUUUCCAAACAACACAUAAUUAUGAUGUUAGAGAAUAUCCUCGAAGACACAGUGGACCAUUCUUUGGUUGUUUGGCCUCGUUGGAGCAUAAUCAUGUGCCAAGUAAGCUUACCUUCAAUGUUUUGAAACAGCUCAAGACCUCUGUUGUUGACAAGAACUAGACAUUCCACAUGAGAUGGGCUAUGAAAAUAAUGAAGGUGACAUGUUAUGCGUCUUCUGCAGGAUCUACCUUGCAAGUAGGAAUCAUCACUUGUUCGUUGAGUUUGAGUAUCCUUUCUCAAAGAGGCUUUAAGAGAAAUUUACGUCAUGGUGUCUAAUAAUUUACCAGGCCAACUUCAUCACUUAAGAAGGAGAGACGUUGCAUUGUACAGUGAAAUAAUGUGGAGCAGCUGUUACAAUGGACUAUACCUAUGUUUAGGUCAUCAAGAUAUUACACUUCUUCAUCUUUAAAGCAUUUUCCCACAACUUAAAGUUUCUUGGCAGUAUAGCACAUGAACAUACGUUGAAGGUACCUAGAGAAAAGUGCAACUAAAGGAAUCGAUUUUAGUAGAGUUCAAAGAGUUUCUUUGCUGAUUUGUAGAUGUAUGGUGGAUUGGUGGUUUAAAUCUUUUAGUUUCAUCUCAAUUCUAAUACAAACAAUAUCACUUCAGAUUUCUUUGGUAAUCCUAUCCAUGACCUUCAUUUGGCAUCCUGAUGACAAGAGUAAUGUUUACAUGGUGGUGUUGGUUGAUCUAUUUUGAGAGGAUUAUAAUGUUUUUUUUUUCUUCUUCAGUUUUUGGACUUUUUCCCUCCCACUUGUAUGAAAGGAAGUAAGUUGAAGGCUCUUUGCUCAAAUUAUGAGAUAAUACCAAAUUAUGCAAAAUUGGAAUUGUUUAUUCUUAUAUUUCAAAAGUGAAGUAGAUAUCAUUAUGGGGUUUGGUUU